UGGGCAACCCAGCUGCGGGGUCCUCGCGGCCUUCUCAGCUGCCUCCGCCGGGGUCCGGAGUGGACCUGGCGCCGAAUCAGUGGCUGGCCCAGGUGUCGGGAAAAUGAUCCACAGUCUAUUUCUCAUAAACUGUUCCGGUGACAUAUUUCUGGAGAAGCACUGGAAGAGUGUUGUGAGCCAGUCUGUCUGUGAUUAUUUCUUUGAAGCUCAAGAGAAAGCUGCUGAUGUUGAAAAUGUACCACCUGUCAUUUCAACACCUCAUCACUACCUCAUCAGUAUAUACAGGGACAAACUCUUCUUUGUGUCUGUCAUACAGACUGAAGUGCCCCCUCUCUUUGUAAUUGAGUUCCUACAUCGAGUUGCCGACACUUUUCAGGACUACUUUGGUGAGUGUUCGGAAGCUGCAAUUAAGGAUAAUGUGGUCAUUGUAUAUGAGCUCUUGGAAGAAAUGUUAGACAAUGGAUUUCCACUGGCUACUGAGUCUAAUAUUUUGAAAGAACUGAUUAAACCACCAACAAUUCUCCGUUCUGUCGUCAACUCUAUUACAGGCAGUAGUAAUGUUGGGGACACACUCCCCACUGGGCAGCUGUCCAACAUCCCAUGGCGCCGGGCAGGGGUAAAGUACACAAACAAUGAAGCCUAUUUUGAUGUCGUUGAAGAAAUAGAUGCAAUUAUAGAUAAAUCAGGAUCUACAGUCUUUGCAGAAAUUCAGGGGGUCAUUGAUGCUUGCAUUAAGCUAUCUGGAAUGCCUGACCUUUCUCUUUCUUUCAUGAACCCACGGCUUCUAGAUGAUGUCAGCUUCCACCCCUGCAUCCGGUUUAAGCGCUGGGAAUCUGAAAGAGUUUUGUCCUUCAUUCCUCCAGAUGGAAAUUUCCGGCUCAUAUCAUAUCGUGUCAGCUCACAAAAUCUAGUGGCAAUACCGGUGUAUGUGAAACACAGCAUCAGCUUUAAGGAGAACAGUUCUUGCGGUAGAUUUGAUAUUACGAUUGGACCAAAGCAGAAUAUGGGGAAAACUAUUGAAGGAAUCACGGUAACAGUUCACAUGCCAAAAGUUGUGCUGAAUAUGAACCUGACGCCAACACAAGGCAGCUAUACAUUUGAUCCAGUUACCAAGGUACUAACAUGGGAUGUGGGAAAAAUUACUCCUCAGAAGCUCCCAAGUCUUAAAGGACUGGUAAAUUUACAGUCUGGAGCACCCAAGCCAGAAGAGAAUCCAAGUCUCAACAUACAGUUCAAGAUCCAGCAGCUUGCUAUUUCUGGCUUAAAAGUAAACCGCUUGGACAUGUAUGGGGAGAAAUAUAAGCCAUUUAAAGGAGUCAAAUAUGUCACGAAAGCUGGAAAGUUCCAAGUGAGAACAUGAGAAGAGGCCAAAAUUCCUCAAGAUCUCUUUGUUUUCCUAGUGUCAUUAUAGUUUAUUACUGUUAGGUACCAAGUGGGUGGGAAUCCAUAUUCUAGUCGAAGCAUUCCUGUUGAGCUACACACAGCUAAUGAAGUUGCUUAGUAAUCAAUGUGGGGUUCUGAAGAGGUUUAGGCUAAGGAAACUUUGAAUGACUUAGCUAAUUUUUUUAUCUUUUCAGUUAGGAAGAUUCUGGAGGUGAUUGCCUCCGUGGCGGGGGGUGGGGGGGUGGCCUCAGCUGGAGGCUCCACAUUGUAACAACAGUAAAGGCAGAAAGCUGCAGUGAUAACCUCUCCCCUAAAACAAGUGAACUGAUCUCAGCAGGAGCUGUCCGCAUCUGUAAUAUGAUGUAUCACAAGUGCAGCCCAGCGUCACACCUGAUCUUAGCCGUCCCAAAUCAGCAUCUGUCCCAACAGAGGAAGUUCCCCCCACCCCAAGAAGUUUACAAAAAACUGCCUCUUCAAGUGUUUGCCUUAUUCAGCUUUUCACUUGUGCCAUUAAGCAAGCACUGUAGCAAAAGCCACUUCCACUGGCCCAGGCAGGGAGCCCCAUGGCUCCAAGCUCCAUUCUCACUGUACUUGGUCUUGUAUUUUUUAUAAAUAAGAUUUUUACGUAAAGCUCAGAUUUUGAUUUACAGGGACCUUGCUGCAGGAAGUACCAUCUCCGUUUUGUGCCACUAGUUCAGCCGUUAGAUAGUAUAGUCAAUAUCAUUUGUAUCAAAGGGGCGAAUGCUUUAUUAAGGCAAUAAAAGGGAACACUACUUCUGCUUUUAGGAAGUUAUUGUAAGCACAAACAUUUGAAAUUUGAAGCAAAUUAAAGCAUCAAAGCAAAACCGAAGUGAA